AUGCCUCUUGUGAAAAUCGACAUGAUCAGAGGCGUCCGCACGCCCGAAGAGAUCAAAAAACUCGCCGAUGUGGUUCAAGAAAUCAUGUUGGAUAAAUUCGCAGCACCGGCUAGAGAUCGCUAUCAAGUAAUAACCCAACACGAACCCUACGAAUUAAUCUUCGAAGAUACCGGUCUCUCUAUCCCCCGCACCGACAAAUUAAUCCUCAUCCAAAUCUUCCAACAAGGAAGAGAUGCGGAGAAAAAGCAAGCUAUUUAUGCAGCAUUGGCGGAAAGAUUGGAAAAUGAAUGUGGAGUGCCAAAGACGGAUUUGGUGGUUAGUUGUAGUGCGAACACCAAGGAAGAUUGGAGUUUUGGGUUGGGACGAGCGCAGUUCUUGACGGGAGAGUUAUAAGAAAAGAAGGAUUAAUUUGGGAAGUCGCUAAUAGAAGAGACGCUGACGACGAAAAGUGCAGGGACAC